UUACUGUAAAUAUGAAGGUUUGCUGGUGACUAUUGUUACUGUAAAUAUGAAGGUUUGCUGGUGACUAUUGUUACUGUAAAUAUGAAGGAUUGCUGGUGACUAUUGUUACUGUAAAUAUGAAGGAUUGCUGGUGACUAUUGUUACUGUAAAUAUGAAGAUUUGCUGGUGACUAUUAAAAGAUGAUUCUGACAUGAAAGUGAAGUGGGAGGCGAAGCUUUUAGCAAUCAGGUUUCACUCCUGAAUGCUUUAAUGUUGCAAACAGAUUUAGUGAGUAAGAGAAGCUUCCCUGCAGUUUAGUAGUUGUUGAUUGUUUGCUUGACAUGAAAGUGAUGUUGGUGAUAGAAUUGGUAAAUGUGGUGUUGUUGGUGAUAGAAUUGGUAAAUGUGGUGUUGUUGGUGACAGAAUUGGUAAAUGUGGUGUUGUUGGUGAUAGAAUUGGUAAAUGUGGUGUUGUUGGUGAUAGAAUUGGUAAAUGUGGUGUUGUUGGUGACAGAAUUGGUAAAUGUGGUGUUGUUGGUGUUAGACUUGGUAAAUGUGGUGUUGUUGGUGAUAGAAUUGGUAAAUGUGGUGUUGUUGGUGACAGAAUUGGUAAAUGUGGUGUUGUUGGUGUUAGACUUGGUAAAUGUGGUGUUGUUGGUGAUAGAAUUGGUAAAUGUGGUGAUGUUGGUGAUAGAAUUGGUAAAUGUGGUGUUGUUGGUGAUAGACUUGGUAAAUGUGGUGUUGUUGGUGAUAGAAUUGGUAAAUGUGGUGUUGUUGGUGAUAGACUUGGUAAAUGUGGUGUUGUUGGUGAUAGAAUUGGUAAAUGUGGUGUUGUUGGUGAUAGACUUGGUAAAUGUGGUGUGUAUUGUGCAGGUUGCAGAGGGUUCACAUUGUCCUGUCACUGCUUCACUCUCCUGUUAAUUGUGUGGUGCAGGUGUGAAGUAUGAGCUGGUGAGGCCACCGUGCUGCAAUGUGAGCUGCAGACACUUAAGUGGUGUGGCCAUCUUCCUAAGUAGUGUGGCCAUCUUCCUCUUGCUUGAAGUCUGAGCUUGGGAAGGCAGCGACUGACAGACGGAGUGCAGAAAUGGCGCCCAGAAGAAUGGAAACCAAACCGCUCAUCUUGUGCGUGAAGACGCUGCUGCUGUUUUACUCCUUCGUCUUCUGGGUGACAGGUGUGGUCCUGCUGUCAGUGGGCUUGUGGUGGAGGUUUACCUUGAGUCCUUACACCUUGUUGAUCUCCAACGCACCCUCCAACGCUCCUUUUGUCCUCACCGGCACUGGUGCUGCCAUCGUGCUCUUUGGCCUGUUUGGCUGCUUUGCCACCUGCAGGGGGCGCCCUUGGAUGCUGAAAGUGUAUGCUGUCUUCCUGUCUCUGGUUUUCUUGAUUGAACUCAUCGCUGGAAUCUCAGGCUUCAUCUUUCGCCAUGAGAUCAAAGGCACAUUCCUCACAACAUACAGUGAAGCAGUGUUGAGAUAUGACGGACGAGGUGACCGAAGUGUGGCUGUAGACGACGUCCAACGCAGAUUGCACUGCUGUGGUGUCCACAACUACACAAGCUGGUUUGGUAGCGACUACUUCCCAAGCGGUGGAAUUCCUGUCAGCUGCUGCGUUGCUUUCUCCGACUGCAAAGAGGCCGAUUUAAAGAAUGUCACACUGGCAGCUAACAAAGUCCACAAACAGGGUUGUUAUGAGAUAGUGACGUCCUUCAUUGAGAGCAACAUGGGAAUCAUCGCCGGGGUCACCUUCGGGAUCGCCUUCUCUCAGCUCAUCGGCACGUCUUUGGCCUGCUGCCUGUCUCACUUCAUCCACACCAACCAGUAUGAGAUGGUGUGAAGACGGCAAGGAGGAUUGUGCCAAACAUCCAUCAGGUCCUGACAUGCUUGUGUUGCUAAUUAGCUGAUCUUUGACUCCUCUGUAAAGUUGACGCCACAUAUUUCAAGUUGUCAAGAAAACGUAUUCUGGAUUUCCUUAGUCUGUACACAUUAGGUAAGCAUGCAUGUGUAAAUAGAAAUAGUACAUGAUGUACACACCAUAAUAUACACAAAUACAGACCAGGAACUUUUCAACACAAUUGUGCUGAAUGUUUGCAGUAUUCAUAACCUUCAUAGUAAAACUUUCCUCCUUUUGGGACAUUUCUAAAUGUAAAGUUCAUUUCUAAGAUGUCUUUGUCAAAGCUUUGGUCAACAUCGACCUUGUCAGAAUGAUUAAGUUGAGGUUUAAAAACACACCCGAGCAUUCACUUUGAUAAAAACAACUCAAUCCAACCAUAAUUUACCCCAUUCCAGGUUGUUUUUGGAGAACCUGACUAAACCUAUCUUUUAUCAAAAAUAGAUUCAGCAAUUAGUCUUAUCGAUCCGGCUCUCUCCAGGCAGAAAGUGUUUACACUUUAAGCAAAACUGCUUACCUUGUUAUGCGCGUGUGCAGCACACUGUCUGCCUGACUGAGAGAGCGGGAGCGGCUGUCGACCUGGAGCUUCUAAACCAUCCUGUUCGUGACGCCAAUUUGUGUAGUGGAUUGUCCGAAGCUUAAACAGGCAACAAAAGUAGUUUAGUACAACACAUUUAUUUACCCAUUAUCAGAAGUGCAGGUUGAAUUAAGUUGGCCGUGCAGACAGACCACAUGUUACUCCGGAGUAAACAAGACACACACAAGCCAAAAUCACUGUCGAGUUCCGGUCGUCUGCCAUUUUUUACAUGUCUCUUAUGCGUCAUUGUUUGUUAUCUAAUGCGUCAAUGUAUUUUAUCUAGUGCGUCAAUGUCUUUUAUCUAGUGCGUCAAUGUCUUUUAUCUAGUGCGUCAAUGUCUUUGUUUUCCCUAUCUGUUCCAUAACAACUCGAAUCCUUUAGACAGUCAACACAUUCUGUAGACAAGUUGGCACGACUUAAUAUUCACUUUCGUCCCGCUGGCACAGAAUAGAAGAGAAAUUAAAUGAGCGUACAUUCUUAUUAGACAUGCAAUAUAGGUCAAAGGUCAGAAAUUCUACUACAUUUUCCACCACUUGUGAGGAGUCAAUUACCACUGAAGCUCGUUAAAGUGAGCUCCAGAAGUGGUGUUGGCAUCAAUUGACCACCUGAUGGAAACACACCUGUUCUAGAGUUGCUCCUAAGUCUUGUCAAGAAGUGAUAUCAUUAUGGGAAUCGGUCUAAGUUGGAAGAUAGUGGGAAGAAUAUAUUCCACUUUUGAAUCUGACAGUCAGUUGUGUUCAAAGUCAUUCUGACAAAUGCAAGUCUUGGCGGAGUCAAAAUCAACAUUUCUACAACUUUGGAGAGAACAAUAUUUUGAGAUGUGAAUCCAGGGAUUUCUCCACAAGCGACUUGUCAUCAUGGAGACGUGAUGUUCCACAUCCUAUUGUGGUGAAGCUCUUCACCAAAGUGGACUUCCUGGUCAUGGUGCAACAAAACAACCAUUACUCCGACAGCGACACGUCAAAGUUUGCCAGAGAGAAUCUGAAACAUAGGGAUGACUAUUAGAAGUUGCUUCUUUGGUCUUAUGAAAUGAAAUCAUCUGUUUGGGCACACGGAUGCUGAUUUGGUCUGUGAGCUCUUCAACCCUGACAGUGUCAUACCCACAGUAAAGGACCGUAGUAGGAACAUAAACUGACGUGACGAGAUAGACGUGCAACAACUUUGUCAUGCUCCUUUAAUGUCUUCUUCAUUUCAUGACUCCUAGUUUUGAGGUAACGUUGGUGCGGUGGUACCUCGACCUACCAGCAUAUUACCUUCCAGGACCAAACUCCUAACCCGGAAUACUUACUCAUUCAUAGAGCAGUCCUUUCAAUCCAACUGUUUUCAAUCUGUGCUUUGCCCUUUCAAAACAACACAACUGUAACAUGUAACAAGUCUUUUUAUAAAGUAACAACUAACUUUUGGAUAGUAAAUAUUAGUAGAACAAUAGUACAGAACAAACAACUACAGUAAGGUUUAGGGUCAGAAGAUUCCAAGAGCCAGCAUGCAUCAAAGUCAUUCUUAUGAUUGUGUUGCUGUUUUGUUUCUACAUUAUUUAUUUGCUGUAUUCCUUCUAGAACCCUUUGAUUUUCCUGGGAGACUCAAAUAUUUCAUUCUCAGUCCCAGACUUGUCAAAUGUUAGUCUUCAUGUUUAAAAGUGUUCAUCAAAGCUGCAACUACUUCCACACAUCAUAAAUGGAUCUGUUUUGACAUUGUUGAAAACUUUGUAUUUCCUAAAUUGUGAAAAGUGCUCCUGCUCUGUUGUGGUUCGACUGAGACCUUCUGCAUCUUCCUCAUCCUCCUCAUCCUCUGCUGCUGCAAGUUGCAUGCUCUGCAGUUGCUUAUCCUCUAAAUAGCAUUAGUCAGUUAUCUUUAGCAGCAGCAUACUUCUUAUCCUCUAAAUAGCAUUAGUCAGUUAUCUUUAGCAGCAGCAUACUUCUAGUUAUCUUUAGCAGCAGCAUACUUCUUGUUAUCUUUAGCAGCAGCAUACUUACCUGUACAGCUCCAUGCUUCUUUAGCAGCAGCAUACUUACCUGUAUAGCUCCAUGCUUCUUUAGCAGCAGCAUACUUACCUGUAUAGCUCCGUGCUUCUUUAGCAGCAGCAUACUUACCUGUAUAGCUCCAUGCUUCUUUAGCAGCAGCAUACUUACCUGUA